AAUUUGAUCACACAUACUUGUUAUACCACCCAUACAUUAACAUGUCUUCUUUCAAAUUAGCCUCCGAAUUGCCCGCCUGGAAGCAGUUGGAAACUCUCCACAAAGCCAUUGGCCAGUUCAACGUUGCCCAGGAGUUCGAAAAGGACCCCCAGAGAUUCUCCAAGUACUCCAAGACAUUUGAGAACUUUGACAAGUCCGAAAUCCUCUUUGACUUUUCAAAGAACCUUGUCAACGACCAAGUGUUGGAUCAAUUGGUGGAGUUGGCCAAACAGGCCAAUAUCGAGCAGUUGAGAGAUGCCAUGUUUGCUGGAGACAAAAUUAACACCACUGAAGACAGAGCUGUUUUCCACGUUGGGUUGAGAAACAGAGCCUUGAAGCCCAUGCCAAUUGACGGCCAGGACACGGCUCCGGUUGUAGACGAAGUGUUGCAGCACAUGAAGCAGUUCUCCGAGCAAAUCCGCUCCGGCCUGUGGACCGGUUACACUGGCAAAGCUAUCACCGAUGUCGUCAAUAUCGGAAUUGGAGGAUCUGAUUUGGGACCGGUGAUGGUCACCGAGGCGUUGAAGAAGUACGCCCAGGACGGCUUGGAUGUGCACUUUGUGUCGAACAUCGACGGAACUCACUUGACCGAAACCUUGAAGAAGUGUGUGCCUGAAACCACCUUAUUCUUGAUUGCGUCCAAAACCUUCACCACCGCCGAAACCACCACCAACGCCAACAGCGCCAAGGAGUGGUUCUUGGCGGCUGCCAAGGACGCUGCCCACAUCGCCAAGCACUUUGCUGCCUUGUCGACCAAUGCCGAAGAAGUAGCCAAAUUCGGUAUCGACACCAAAAACAUGUUUGGGUUUGAAAACUGGGUGGGAGGCCGGUACUCGGUAUGGUCUGCCAUUGGGUUGUCGGUGGCCAUCUACAUCGGGUACGACAACUUCGAGGCGUUUUUGAAGGGGGCAGAAGCGGUUGACAAGCACUUUGUCGAGACUCCUUUGGAGCACAACAUUCCGGUGUUGGGAGGUUUGUUGUCUGUGUGGUACAACAAUUUCUACGGAGCCCAGACGCACUUGGUGGCCCCAUUCGACCAGUACUUGCACCGGUUCCCUGCGUACUUGCAGCAGUUGUCGAUGGAGAGUAACGGAAAGAGUGUCACCCGAGCCAAUGUGUUUACCAACUACGAGACCGGCACCAUUUUAUUUGGUGAGCCUGCCACCAACGCCCAGCACUCGUUCUUCCAGUUGGUGCACCAGGGAACCAAGUUGAUUCCGGCCGAUUUUAUUUUGGCAGCCCAGUCUCACAACCCCAUUAGAGACAACUUGCACCAGAGAAUGUUGGCGUCCAACUUCUUUGCCCAGGCCGAGGCGUUAAUGGUAGGUAAGAGUGAAGACACCGUCAAGGCCGAGGGAGCCACCGGAGGAUUGGUACCUCAUAAGGUGUUUUCGGGCAAUAGGCCCACGACCCUGAUUUUGGUGCAGAAGGUGACCCCGGCCUCGUUGGGGGCGUUGAUUGCUUACUACGAGCACGUGACGUUUGUCGAGGGGGCCGUGUGGAACAUCAACUCGUUUGACCAGUGGGGGGUCGAGUUGGGUAAGCUGUUGGCGAAGGUGAUUGGCCUGGAGUUGGACGAUGGCCGCGAGGUGUCGAGCCACGAUGCCUCCACCAACGGGUUGAUCAACCAGUUCAAGAAGUGGUCGUUGUAGUUUGAUCACGAUGAUUUUUGCAGUUAGAUUUUUAGUUAAUCGCACUUUCGCACUUUUCUC